AUGGCGCUCCAAACUUUCUUGGGUUCAGCGACGCAGACGACGGAGGCUGAAGGAGAUUUCACCAUCAAACGUGAUUCACUGGUGGAACAAAAGGAAAUCAAAACCUGCGAUUGCCCUGGCACGACUGCAGAUGAUACCACGGCUUGGGCCAACAACUGCUGCUCUACCCUUCCUGUCCAAAAGGUUUACUCUUCCCCAUCAGCACCGCUACCCGCAGUUAAAAGAUCAGAACCAGAGAGUCUGAAUCCGUGCGUAUCAUCGGGCGUCCAACUACCUGGAGACCAAUACACUUUAUAUGCUACAUAUUACCAGUGGUACUAUCGUGCGAUGCGAGAUCAGGAACGGUUGAUGGUCGAAAAAAAAACUAAACCAACAGUUGUAGAGGAGCGUCCUCCAGAUUCGAAGCACGAUUGGGUGACGAAAUGGAUGAGGCGACCGGCCCGUCAACAGAUUCAUCGUAAUGAAGCCAGUCGUUACUCGCACACUGAAGGCGGCACAGAAUACAAUAUUUGGUAUGGAAAAUACUUAACUGACAGAUAUAAUAGACCUAGUUACUUGGAUCGCGAGACCGCGCCAUACAAGUGUGAUCCGAAGAGAGACGCUGGUUACACGAAGGCCAACACUGAUGCCUCGGGAGAACACUUCUUUUGCAUUUAUUUUGCUAGAGGUGGCUGCUGCCUGGGGAAGGAUUGUCGAUUCCGCCAUAGUAUUCCAACGGCGGAUGAUGAGGGUCAUUUGGAAUGGGGUCACGAUGUAUUUGGCCGAGAGAGGUUUAGCACUCACAAAGAUGAUAUGGAUGGUGUGGGAAGCUUUAACCACGACUGCAAAACACUCUUCGUCAGUGGGUUUCGUAUCGACCCCGAAGUACCCGACGGCCUCAAAAAGAUGGAGGUGUUUCUCUCAAAAGAAUUCGGCACAUGGGGAGACGUCACAUGCAUCCGUGUUAUUCCCAAGAAGAACAUAGCUUUUAUCACGUAUGCAUAUAGAGUGCAAGCCGAGUUCGCGAAGGUGGCUAUGGCUGACCAGAACCUAGGGAAGCAGGCGCCGCUCCUAUUGGUGAAGUGGGCUCACCAUGAUGGAAAUGCGAACAAAAGGAGACUUGCCGAGCAAGAACAGGAGGAGGACCGAAAAAGGCAAAAACAACCAGCUGCAAUCGGUCCUGGCACACCUACUGCAGGCGGUGAGGGUUCACAUUCCCUUGGCUUUCUUCCAGAGGGUCCGGUGUGUGGGGAUGCCGCAGCAGACGCUACGGCACUCUCUGCCACUCUUGAGGGUCACUGCAAGGCAUGGCAGCACUUUUGGUCGGAGUUUGCACAGACUCAGCGCACCAAUGUAGCGGAACGCCAUCAGCAGGCGUCACUCCGAGAUGAUGGCUUCGAGGAUUGGGCAGUUUUGUAUGAGCGUUCGGCUGAGAAUGAGGUUGAUGCUGCUCCCCGCCCUCUUGCAGAAAUGAGCGCGAACCAGGAAGCAGACUCAUCUGCAGCUAUCUCCGACAACCUUCACAAUGACAUCGAAGACGCGACAGAAGCACUCGCCCGAAUGCAGCACAUUCUGAGUCGGGUAGAUGGUCUCGAUGACAGUGCGUUCGAGGUCAGAGUGUGA